AAGAAGAAGAAGCAAAAGAAGAAGCAUGGCUGCUGAUAUGAGAUUGCCAACUAUUCAGAAACCAGUGUCGCUAACUGUUUCUGCUUUUGACCGAAAAGAUCUUGGUCCUGGCGAUGUUAUCACUUCAGACACCGGUUUCAUGAGGGGGCAUGGUACCUAUGUUGAUGAAGAGAAGCUGACUGCUUCAGUUGCUGGAGAGGUGCAGAGAGUAGACAAGCUGAUCUGUGUCAAACCACUAAAAACCAGAUUCAAUGGUGAGGUUGGAGAUGUGGUGGUUGGCAGAAUCACAGAGGUACAACAGAAACGGUGGAAGGUGGAGACCAACUCCCGGCUGGACUCUGUCCUUUUGUUAUCUUCUGUCAAUCUGCCUGGAGGAGAGCUGAGGAGACGAUCAGCAGAAGAUGAGCUCACCAUGAGAGAAUACCUUCAGGAGGGCGAUCUCAUCAGUGCAGAGGUGCAGUCUGUCUUCUCAGAUGGAGCCUUAUCACUUCAUACCCGUAGUUUAAAGUAUGGAAAAUUGGGUCAAGGAGUACUGGUACAGCUUUCUCCUUCUCUGAUCAAGAGGCAGAAAACCCAUUUUCACAACCUGCCAUGUGGUGCAUCCAUGAUCCUCGGGAAUAACGGCUUUGUGUGGUUGUAUCCCACACCGGAACAACAGGAGGAGGAGGCCGGGGGCUUCUACACCAGCCUGGAGCCUGUCAGUGUGUCAGAUCGAGAGGUGAUUUCACGGUUGAGGAACUGCCUACUGGCUCUCGCUGCGCACAAGGUCCUUUUGUUUGACACCAGUGUUCUCUAUUGCUACGAAUGUUCAGUUCAUCACCAGGUCAAGGACAUCUUGAAGCCAGAAGUGAUGGAGGAGAUUGUAAUGUUGACGCAACAGAAGCUGUUGGAACAGGAAGGUUAAAGAGCACCAAUCCCAGUCAUGCAGCAAUGUCAGGGAUCGACCAUCUAUCUGAGGACCGAACUGGCCUUUUUUCAAAGAACCAAUCUUGUUUUGAUUGUCUUGGUGUGCAUUUCAACAGCUCCAUGUAUUUUAUGUAAAAAAAACAGAUGUGUGUGUGACUGCUUAUGGAAAUGAUUGGUAUUUUUCUUUGAUUUCUUCAGCAUUCUGAAAUCACUAGAACAGCUUUUAUUAAAUAUGACCAAGGUAUAUUGGAACACUUUUGAUAAUGUUAUACAAAAAUGUUGUAUGCAAUACAUUUUCUAUAAAUAUCAGCA